AUGGAUUCUCUUUUUGAAACCAACCUUCCCUUUAGUACUAUCCCUAUUCAACAAUAUAGCAUAAAUCAAUUGACACAUUACUCUAGAAAUUAAUCUCUUCAAAAAUCUGAUUUCUCACCUCAAUAAAUACUUUUGGAUUUAGGAGAGAUGUGCAAUGUUAGGUAUCUCAUAAUUGAAAAUCUUAAAUAUGGGUGCGAAAUCUCAGUGUUAGUAAGUGAAUUCAAAAAUGGCCCUUUUAUAACUGUCCAUAAUAAAGAAUUCAUUCCUUAACAUAAAUAAAGAAGAAUUAAAUUAUCAGCAUUACCAUGCAAAUAUAUAAGAAUCAUAAUUCACAAAGGAGUACACAUCUAAACAAAUUAAAUCAAACUGAUUGGCUCUACAAAUGAAAGAUUGGCAGAAGAGGGAUACUUUAAUGACUUUAAAUUAUUAGUAACAAAUCCAUCUAGAAUAAUGUAUUGA